UGAGGCUGAUUUGAAUUGUAACCCCCUCUUCGGACCUACGCGUGUGGGGUAGUCGUUAAAGGCAGCUCCAUAUGAUGCAAGACAAGUGGUUUGUCUUACCCAAAAGUUUGAUUCUUAUCAUGCCGCUGUUAGAUUUCGAUGCAUCUUAACAGACCUGUUAAAAUCUAACAGUGACACUUACGUUCGCCUACGUUCGCUUACGACUUCCGUCUACGUUACAAGUUAAUUUUAAAAUGGUCACACCUGGCCUUUUUUUAACUCGGCGACUAAUUAAAAAACAAAACACUGACAAACUAAAAGCCACUCGCUUCGCGUCUUCCCGCGUCCCCAUCGCCAUGCACAGCCGCAGUUUGCUGCCGGACCCGGCUGUCUACCAGCCGGACACCCUGGACCUCAACUCGGACGCCAAGGCGGCCGACUACUGGUUCCAGUGCUUCAGGGAUCUGGUCGCCAAGCUCGCCAAGGUGGCGGCAAGCUCCCAGGAGGAGGACCCCACGGCCGCCCAGCGGGCGGAGCAGUUCCGCGCGGCCUACCUGCAGCAGCUGGAGGAGCACCAGCGCAAUGUGCCGCUCAACAGGGCCAAGGUGGUCCUGGGCACCAGUGAGCUACUCCAGCUCAACGAGACCAUGUUGCGGCGCUUCGGCUUCGCCGACCCCUGGCUGAGGCAGAAGAGGCUGGAGAACGCCUCGGCGGUGGCGCGACUGAAGCAGCGCCUGCAGGAGCUCGAUGCCCUGGCGGACGAGGACGCCCGGUGGACGGAGCUGGUGCGCGGAGUGCUCGCCGGCAAUAUGUUCGACUGGGGCGCCCAGGCCAUAUCCAACAUCCUGGAGCAGGACAGCAACUUCGGCCUUCAUUCGGCCUUGGAGCGCAUCGAGCGGCGGCCCUGGCUGCUGGACAACCUGGACAGCUGGCUGAGCAGGCUCAAGGGCGAGCCCCACAAGUGCGCCGUGGUCUUUGUGGACAACAGCGGCGUGGACGUGGUCCUGGGCGUGCUGCCCUUCGUGCGCGGACUCCUGAAACGCGGCACCAAGGUGCUGCUCUGCGCGAACAGUGAACCCGCUCUGAAUGACGUGACCAGCGAGGAGCUGAAGUCCCUCCUAGACGAAUGCUCGCGGGAAUGUGAGGUGCUGGCGAGGGCCUGGUCGCAGGGACAGCUGCUGGUCUACGCCAAUGGACAGAGUGGGCCCUGCCUGGAUAUGCGCACCUUGCCGCAGGAACUGUGCGAGGCCAUCGCCGCCAAUGAGACUGAUCUGCUCGUUAUCGAGGGCAUGGGACGGGCGGUGCACACCAAUCUGAAUGCCCGCUUCGCCUGCGAGACCCUCAAGCUGGCCGUGAUCAAGAACACCUGGCUGGCCAAGUACCUGGGCGGCGAGGCCAUGUUCGCCGUCAUCUGCAAGUUCGAAUCGGCCGCGCCCAGCUAGUCCAGGAGCCACUGCGUCGUCGUCGUCGUCGCUGUCGUCGUCCGUUGUUAUCCCCUGUCCAAGAGUGUGCGCACCGGCCAGGAGAGGUCCUUGUUGAGUUCGAAAUUAUUGUUAUGGUCCACUGCACCCACACCCACGCCCGCAACCCAAUCCCAUGCCUCGAUCUACGAUAUGAGAUUCAUAAUUGUAUAGACCUAAUCUUAAUGCAAGUGCUUUUGUGGUCACCACCUCAUCCAUAUAACCGCUAAACUUUUAAUAAUUAAAAACAAGAAUAUAUGAUAACAAAGCCCUUGUUUAUCGCGACGGCGGUGUGCUAUCGGUCAUGGUUAUAUGGACUGCAAUUGCGAUAAGCGCGGAUGGGCCUGAGGUCUCGUGGUCGCUGCCCACUGACAUUUCAUCAGACAUUUCCCACCAUAAACUCCGGUGUCUGUUUGUAUUUACAUACGGUCUCAUCUGGUGUGUGUUUAUUGUGCCUGCGUGCCAAUUCUCGGCGCUGGCUAUCCCACUUAUCUGCGAUUCGCGGUCGAAAUAAACCAGCCACAAAGCAGGCAGUCACCACAAUAACUGGUUGAUAAGCGGCCCACUAGAUAAUGUUCGGUGUGCGAAGCCAAGAGCAGGAAGUGCAUGGCCCAAGCCGAAUUUAAAAUCGAGUUCGACUCGCAGCACUAGGCAUGACAAGGCAGAAGGGGUGCUGAAAAACAUGCCAUUAAAGUCUGAAAAUAACAAUAAACAACGUUUCGCGGACUGCAAA